AUGGCGAUUCCGAUGCCGAAGGCGCUGAUCUCUGUGCUACUCGCCCUGCUCUUCUUCGUCUCGUCGGCGCUGUCCGCCUCCGACGUCCCGUUCAUCGUGGCCCACAAGAAGGCAACUCUCAACAGGCUCAGAUCAGGCGCCGAGCACGUCUCCGUCUCCAUCGACAUCUACAAUCAAGGAUCCUCGACGGCUUAUGAUGUGAGUCUUCUUGAUGAUCACUGGCCCCAAGAUAUGUUUGAUGUUGUGAGUGGCAACUUAUCAACAUCGUGGGAAAGACUUGACGCAGGUGGUUUGCUGUCACAUUCUUUUGAGCUUGAGGGUAAGGUGAAGGGCAUGUUCUACAGUGCCCCUGCUGUCAUUAAAUUCCGCAUCCCUACCAAGGCUGCUUUGCAGGAGGCACUUUCAACCCCCAUAAUGCCGCUAGACAUUCUGGCUGAGAGAAUUCCUGAGAAUAAGCUUGAUUUGAGGCUGUUUGCUCAGUAUGGAUCAUUAAUAUCGGUGAUUUCCAUCGUUGUCCUGUUUGUGUACCUUGUGAGCUCCCCAUCCAGUGCUGCCAAGGCGAGCAAGAAGAAGCGUUAA